UUCGCUUCACCACCAGCCAUUUUCUGAAAGAAACUUCGUCAACGGAUAUACUUCCAUAUUAGCUGUGGACUAUCUACUACUCAACCCAACAACGGCAAGCACCAGAGCGCUUGGCAUCCAAAUCACGGCAACAAGGAACUAUCCCCAACUCACUUUAAUUCAAAUACAUUGCGCGAAGCCUCUCAGACCCAUACUCAUUCUCUCUGUCCCUGCGAUUCGGUGGCCGAUACAAAAUUAUGGCAAAGUCACGUUUCGAAUACGUCAAGAAGUUCGAGCUUCCGGAUCCUCUUGUACCAAACACAUAUAUCAUUGUCCGAAUUGAUGGCAAAGGUUUCCAUAAGUUUUCUGAUGUGCACUCCUUCGAUAAACCAAAUGACAUCCGAGCACUAAAACUUAUGAAUACAGCGGCAAAAGCUGUGUUGAAUGAGUAUAAGGAUGUUGUUAUGGCUUUCGGAGAGAGCGACGAAUACAGCUUCUUAUUACGAAGAACAACAACGCUCUAUAAUCGGCGCCGCAGCAAAAUAAACUCAUCAAUAGUGUCUCUAUUCACAUCUGCCUAUGUCUUCCAUUGGGCGUCUUUUUUCCCAAACACCCCUUUACUUUAUCCACCAAGUUUUGAUGCACGAGUUGUAUUAUACCCCAAUGUAAAAGAAGUGCGUGAUUAUUUCAGCUGGCGUCAAGCAGACACUCAUAUCAAUAACCUGUACAACACAACUUUUUGGGCUUUGGUCCAUGAUGGGUUAACAACAGCAGAGGCAAAUAAAGCUCUGCAGGGGACUAACUCAAAGGACAAAAAUGAGAUCCUAUUCACUAAGUUUGGUAUUAACUACAACACAUUACCAGAGAUGUUCAGAAAGGGAAGUGUGUGUGUUAGAAGUUUGUCUCUUGAAGAGCCUCAAGGGUCACUUGCAGAACAGCAAGCAGCACAUGGUAUUAUGACCUUGAGUAUUGUACCAUCAACAUCAGGGAACAGUAACACAAUACUAUCACAGAAGGAGAAAGUGUAUCAGGGGACUGAAGGCAGCCCCAUGGUUCUGCAUAUGGACAUCAUCAAUGACAUAUUCUGGAGUGAAAGGCCUUGGUUAUUAUCAUAAUAGUAGGAAACAACAAUAUAUUAAGUUAUGUUAAAUCAUUUCAAGGACACAUACGAUAUAUAAGGACACCUGUUAGAGUAUG